GCGAGCUCCUUCUCCAGGUAGUACAUCAACCGAAGCCGUUCAUCUUCCCUCAAACGGUUUCUUCUACUGCCGGCAUCUUUUUUUACACGCGGUCACCUCAUAGCCUCCAUUACCCAUUGGCAAACCCUGAUCGUCGUCUCUCCUGCGAAGCGACUUACUUUCGGGUAUCGUCCUUUCCGGCUUGCCACAUCCCUUCAAGGAUACGUUGAUAUAGAAUUAGGUAUGUUGUAUUCUCCUGUGUUCGGAAAGUUUGGUUGAGUCGGGCCUUUACACAUUCGUUUUUCCUAGAACUUGUUGGAUUAGUUGUAACAUGGACUAACAUGGCUUUCGUUUGGGUCCAACAGUGGGUGCCACUUCCUGUCGUUUACGAGCAACAACACAUGGGCGACCUACCUCCUGGUCCACGGUCUCAUACCAUGGACAACACGACAGCCAAUCUCGCGCGUGAUGGAAACAAUUCGACUUCGUUUCCAACGUCUCUCAAAUCUCCCGACAGCAAUGACCCCUUCUACUCUCAACUCAGUAGUCUACCCCAGGGUCAAUUGCGACCCGACCAUCGCUCACCAACGCACACGAACGGAACCCAUCAGCCCCAAGAAUACGGUACUUCACCACUUAAUAUGGGUGCAAUGACAGGUGCAUUGCCCAACUACGGCACAAACGACAGUACUCAGAUGAACCCGCAAGUACCACGCUCACUGUCGGGCGCAUCCACAUCAGCUGUGGCAUACCAGCUUGGGCAGAACUUGCAAAUGCCCUCCGGUAACAUGCCCGCUCAUGCUUCCUAUGGACCUGGAUACGCUACAGGUCUCUCCCAACAACACUUCAUGCCUCAACAGGGCUCACAGUACAACGCCUAUCCUUCCUACCCGACAAACCAGCCUCGUCUAGCAGGCAUGGUUCCAAUGCACUCGCCAUACCAGAAUUAUCAGCAGGCGUCGCAAUACAUGUAUUACCCGGCACCAUACACACAACAGGGGCAAUUCAAUCCUGCGUUCGGUGCCCAGAGUCAUAGUAUGUACGAAAGAAAAGCCAGCUCAACGAACACGGGUAUGCAAGGUCAUGGUGCGGAUUAUGCGCAUGUUGAUGACGGCUUCCCUGGUGUUAGGAUGGCCACUGGGAACUAUAUGGGCGAUUCAAGCUCACUCAUGUCUCCUUACGGCGCACAAUUCGUGCAGUCUUCCAGCAUGCCUCGUCCCGGGCCAGUGAGCUCCAUACCUCGCGGACCGCCUCGCAAACCCAAACAAUCUGGACACGCACUUUGGGUUGGUAACCUCCCACCUGGGACUACGAUAGUCGCACUGAAGGACCAUUUCUCCCGCGAUGCUACCAAGGAUAUUGAAAGUCUGUUCUUGAUUUCCAAGAGCAACUGUGCAUUCGUCAACUACCGCACAGAAGCAUCUUGCACAGCCGCAAUGCACAGGUUCCACGACUCACGCUUCAGCGGCGUACGUUUAGUCUGCCGCCUUCGACGUAGCUCUGCUCCGGCAUCAGGUGUACCCACGGCGCCUUCAGCCAUGAUAGGUCAGCAAAAGAAUUCUUCUCGAUCAACGACCCCGAUACAAGACAGUGUCACCGAUGCUCCCACAGAAGGUGCAGUCGACUCGCCAUCGCACAAGAGUGUUGAAGAUCUUAAGUCAUCUGCGGACACUGCUACGAAAUACUUCAUCGUGAAGAGCCUUACGCUACAAGACCUGGAGCUCAGUGUUCGAAACGGUAUUUGGGCCACACAAUCUCAUAACGAAGAUACCUUAAACAAGGCUUUCCAGUCUGCCGAAAAUGUCUACCUCAUCUUCUCAGCAAACAAGUCGGGCGAGUACUUUGGCUACGCACGUAUGGCGUCACAAAUCCUUGAGGACGGGUCGCGCAUCAUAGGCUCGGCACCCAAGCCCGACGCCAUCGUCGACGCCACGGAUGUGCCAAAGGCGAUCGCUACUCCAGCAACAGAAUGGGCGCCCCGAGGAAGGAUCAUUGACGACUCUGCGCGCGGCACAAUCUUCUGGGAAGCAGAGCUACCCGAAACAGAUACCGACGGGGAGGCACAAGAAACAGACGACAAGGCUGAGAGAGACGAUGCGCCGCAACAAGCCGAAGCCGAUACUUCAGCCGUUCCGCAGAGCUGGGGCAAGCCUUUCAGAAUCGAAUGGGUCUCUACGAACCGCCUACCGUUCUACCGUACCCGUGGCCUCCGCAACCCAUGGAACGCCAAUCGCGAAGUCAAAAUUGCGAGAGACGGCACCGAACUUGAACCCAGUGUUGGAGAGCGCCUGGUCCAGAUGUUUCAUCGAAUGGGCCCGUCUGCUGCCGGUGCACCGGUAAUGCCGCCUGGUGUAGCCACCGGCAUGAUGCCCCAGAUGCGAACAUUCUAGGCAUGUGUUCAGCCUUCACUUGAGCUCAAUGCAUAGCUCUUCAUGUACCAGACGCAUGUUGACUGUUGAACUCGCUUAGGAGGCUUGGUGCUCGAGAGGUAACGAUGCGCCACUUUGUUACACUGGAAUGAACUUUGUCGGGCCCUCCACUGCCGGGCAGUGGGCGCUAGAUCAAGCUCUUCUGCACCCAUUCGCUUCUGUUAUCUUCAACCAGACGAACGAAAAAUUUAACGACGAGAUGAUCUUGUAAUAGGCAAGACGAGGUCAAGAAACGCGUUGGGGAGAAAGCCAGUGCUUGGAUUCGUAUGGGUAAUUGAGUAUGCUCUCCUUCCCAC